UAUAUGCCUUAUUAUAUGAUUUAAGCCGGUUUAUUGCUGUCGUCUGUCGUGUUGUACCCAAAAGCUGAGUUCGACAAACUAUGGUCGAAACUACGACCAACUUUGGUAGAUUAUGGUUAGUGAAUCAUAUCACGAUUAUCACGACCAAUCGGUAUACAAUAAAAGCCACACGAAAAAAUAGACAACUAGCUGUGAAUUCGCCUUUAUACGAUAAGGAUUGUCAUCGUCGUCUGCUUUACUCCAGUUCCGUUUCGAUUGCUGUUUCAUCUACGAGUGGGUGUAAUGUAGUGAUAAUAUUCAACGAUGAGAAUCAUUUUGACGAGCUUCUAUACCACUUCCGGUCCUUCAAAAAACGCCGUUUGUCUUUCAAGAAUGCACAUCAAGCUAUUCUCAUAAAGAAUGAAGUUGACUUGGACGAAGUCUUGCCAAUUAUUGGAGAGUUUGGUCGCUAUCAAAAGUUAUUGUUAUGGCUUGUCUGUCUGCCCGCAUGCAUACCGUGCGGUUUCGGAGCGUUCAACCAAUUGUUCAUGUCCGACGUUCCUCCUCAUUGGUGUUCGGAACCACAGCUGUCUAAUUUCACUGCGGAACAGAGAAAACGAAUUUACGAACAAAGUAACGUAACUCAAGUAAAAAAUGGAUGUAUGCGGUAUGCAAUUAACUGGACAGAAGUGUUGGCGUCUUCCGAAGUUCACGGAGAUUUGGAACAGUUGGUAAACGAAAGUUGGCCGUUGGAAAAAUGUAACAGUUGGGAAUAUGACACGAGUUUCGUACAGUCUUCAAUUGUAAUAGAUUUUGAUUUGGUCUGUGAACGUGACAUAUACCCGACGGUUGGAUUAGCCGCCCUAAACUUAGGAGGACCUAUUGGAGUGUAUUUUUUUGGUGUCUUAAAUGACAGAAUUGGAAGGAGGAAAUCGUAUUUUUUAUGUUUGGCUACAUUAAUUUUCGGUAGCUUGUUAACAGCUUGUGCGAUGAAUUUCUGGUGGUGGGCCACUUCAAGAGUAAUUGUAGGUUUGACUAUACCGGCUGUUUAUCAAAUCCCAUUUAUUAUAUCUCUGGAGCUCGUCGGACCAAACUACAGGUCGUUUAUUACCGUGAUGACGUGCAUGUUCUAUACGCUCGGUCUGAUGCUGUUGUCUGGUGUAACAUACUACGUGCGCAAUUGGGUAUACUUGGCGUUGGCGACGUCCACUCCGUUUACACUGUACUUUAUAUACUGGUGGUUCCUACCAGAAUCACCAAGAUGGUUACUGGCUAAAGGUCGAAUCGAAGAAGCGUUGAAAAUAUUGGAAACCUUAGCUAGAAUCAAUGGGACCGUUCUGCCAGAUACGUUCAAACAGAAACUAAAGCAAAAAAUGAUGAUGGAGCGCACUCUAAGUGAAGAAAAACGUUUAAAAGAAGGGCCAGGAGUAUUGGCCCUAUGCCGGACACCUAACAUGCGAUUGAAGUCGAUCUUGAUUACGUUCAACUGGUUCGCCAAUGAUAUGGUGUAUAUUGGACUGAGCUAUUAUGGUCCAUCGUUGGGACAAAAUCAAUACUUGAGUUUUUUGCUAUCGUCUGUCGUUGAAGUGCCUAGCUGUCUGGUGUGCUGGCUACUCAUGGAUAGGUGGGGUCGCCGAUGGCCUCUGUGCUUGGCGAUGACAUUGAGUGGUAUUAGUUGCAUUGUUACCGUCACCUUGCCUCCAGAUGCUGUUAUUACUACGUUGGUUUUGUUUUUGUUUUCUAAGUUCACAAUAUCAGCUUCGUUUUUAAUAAUCUAUCCAUUUGCCGGUGAACUCUAUCCUACACAAUUACGUGGAAUUGGUAUUGGUACCUCUGCGUACAUCGCUGGACUUGGUUUGGUAUUAAUACCAUUUAUUAACUAUUUAGGACGUGAAAAUUUAGUGUUGCCACUAUUGAUAAUGGGUAUACUAUCAGUGAUUGGUGGUAUUACCGGUCUCCGUCUUCCUGAAACAUUGCAUUAUAAGUUACCACAAACAGUCGAAGAAGGAGAAGAAUUUGGAAAGAACUGGACUAUGGCGGAUUGUAUAACUUGUGUUCCCAAAAGGCCUUCAGAACAUUCAAAUUCGUAUGAAGACUUAACUGAAAAAUUGGAAAUGUCUCCUACGACAGAGACGACGGCACUUGCUACAGGGAGUGCUAGUGGCAGAUCUAAAUUCACAAGACAACAGAGCAUUAUGGAAACACCACUAGACUCUUCGGGUGUAGUCAAAAUGACUUGCUGGUUUUAGUAGAAUUGUUUGUUUUGUUUGAUUUAUAUAUUGUUGUUUAUUAUUAAGAUAUAGAUAAUUGGUGUCUAGAAAAUAGCGUGUCAAAGAUAGUCUGCAUAAUGUGACUUGUAGACAAUUUUUUAAAUGUAAUUUUUAAAGCAGAAAUGUAUUUUUUUAGUUAAACUUGUUAUGAUUAAUUAAUACGAUUCCAGUAAAAACGUAAUUUUUACUAUUCUACUGAUGAAAUUCUACUAACAUAAUAUGAUAACUGUUCCAUAGAUUACUGAAAACUAUUCAAAUGAGUUCAUACGUGUUUAUUUUUAAAUUAUAAAUUUUGACCAUUUAUUAUUCAGAUUAAAAAUCUGUAUAUAAAACGAUUGCAAUCGAUAUAAUUUCUAAAAUGUUGAUAUUAUUUAACUUAAAAGUUUAUUUACAGCAAAUUUAAAUAAUUUAGCUUGAAAUAGAUAGGUAUGUAUGUUACGUAUACGAAUUAUACGAGUCGAUAAUAUUUAUUUUGAAUUAAUCGAAUCGUACUAACUAAUAUAACAAUAACUUACUUAGAAGUCAACAUAAUAUGUCAUAUAUUUAAGUUAAAUUUUAAUUUAGAUAUUAUACUCAUGUAUAUAAUUUAAUUUUAUUCAUAUAACAACAAUAUGCCAAUAUUAAGUUUGAUGUAUUUCUACGUUUCAAUAUAAUCCAUUAUAUGUUUCCAAUAAUAAGUAAUCAUAUUGAAAUAUUGACGGAUGAAUCAAUCAUUAGUUCAUAAAACUGGUGUAUUAAAGUUU